AUGUACAGCAUGAUGAUGGAGACCGACCUGCACUCGCCUGGCGGCGCCCAGGCCCCCACGAACCUGUCGGGCCCGGCCGGGGCGGGCGGCGGCGGCGGCGGCGGGGGCGGCGGCGGCGGCGGGGUCGCCAAGGCCAACCAGGACCGGGUCAAGCGGCCCAUGAACGCCUUCAUGGUGUGGUCCCGCGGGCAGCGGCGCAAGAUGGCCCAGGAGAACCCCAAGAUGCACAACUCGGAGAUCAGCAAGCGCCUGGGCGCCGAAUGGAAGGUCAUGUCCGAGGCCGAGAAGCGGCCGUUCAUCGACGAGGCCAAGCGGCUGCGCGCGCUGCACAUGAAGGAGCACCCGGAUUACAAGUACCGGCCGCGCCGCAAGACCAAGACGCUGCUCAAGAAGGACAAGUACUCGCUGGCCGGCGGGCUGCUGGCGGCCGGCGCGGGCGGCGGCGGCGCGGCCGUGGCCAUGGGCGUGGGCGUGGGCGCGGCGGCCGUGGGCCAGCCGGCCGUGGCGGCGGCGGCGGCGGCGGCGGCCGCGUCGUCGGGCGCCCUGGGCGCGCUGGGCUCGCUCGUCAAGUCUGAGCCGAGCGGCAGCCCUCCCGCCGCGGCGCACUCGCGGGCGCCGUGCCCCGGGGACCUGCGCGAAAUGAUCAGCAUGUACUUGCCCGCCGGCGAGAGCGGCGACCCGGCGGCAGCCGCGGCGGCGGCGGCGCAGAGCCGGCUGCACUCGCUGCCGCAGCACUACCAGGGCGCGGGCGCGGGCGUCAACGGCACGGUGCCCCUGACGCACAUUUAG